AUGGCCGCUACCACUGGCAAGGGCGAUGUUGCCGACUACAGCAUCAAGCCUGAAGCUGUUGCUCCUCCAAUUCCCACCUCAGAAUGGCCGCUUCUACUGAAGAAUUAUGAUAAACUACUUGUGCGGACCAGUCACUUCACCCCAAUCCCUAACGGCUGCACUCCCCUCAAGCGUGACUUGAAGUCCUAUAUCAGUUCUGGUGUGAUCAACUUGGAUAAACCGUCGAACCCAUCGAGUCAUGAGGUUGUCGCAUGGAUGAAGAGGAUGCUCAGAGUGGAAAAGACUGGACACAGUGGAACUCUGGACCCAAAGGUUACUGGGUGCUUGAUUGUGUGCAUUGACCGUGCCACUCGCCUAGUAAAAUCGCAGCAGGGAGCCGGAAAGGAGUACGUUUGUGUUAUUAGGCUACAUGACAAGAUUCCCGGAGGCGAGGCGCAAUUUGCUCGUGCCCUUGAGACAUUGUCUGGAGCUUUGUUCCAGCGACCACCACUGAUAUCUGCUGUCAAACGUCAGCUUCGUAUCCGAACAAUUUACGAGAGCAAGUUGUAUGAAUUUGAUAAUGACCGACACUUGGGCGUAUUUUGGGUCAGUUGCGAGGCUGGUACCUAUAUCAGAACUCUUUGCGUGCAUCUUGGCUUGCUUUUGGGAGUUGGGGCUCAUAUGCAGGAACUGCGCCGUGUUCGCAGUGGAGCCAUGGACGAGAAGGAUGGCAUGGUGACUCUACAUGAUGUUUUGGACGCCCAGUGGAUGAUGGAUAACCACCGUGACGAAUCGUACCUCAGAAAGGUCAUUCGACCGUUGGAGAGCUUGUUGACUUCAUAUAAGCGAAUUGUUGUGAAAGAUAGCGCAGUCAACGCCGUCUGCUACGGAGCUAAACUGAUGAUUCCAGGUCUCUUGCGAUUUGAGGCUGGAAUCGAGAUAUAUGAGGAGGUGGUACUCAUGACCACCAAGGGCGAGGCCAUUGCCAUCGGUAUAGCUCAGAUGUCCACUGUUGAACUCUCAACCUGUGAUCACGGAGUAGUUGCCAAGGUCAAGCGUUGCAUCAUGGAGCGUGAUCUUUACCCCAGACGAUGGGGUAUGGGCCCAGUUGCCCUUGAGAAGAAGAAGCUCAAGGCUGACGGGAAGCUUGACAAAUAUGGCCGCACUAAUGCCUCCACCCCGGCCAAGUGGCAAGCGGAGUAUAAGGAUUAUGAUGCUCAAGCUGCUGGUACACCAAAUGCCGCUCCAGCACCUGGUGCUACCACACCCGCAAAGGCUGCCCCGGCUGCUCCUGCUGCUUCAUCCCCCGAGAAGGAAGAUGAAGAGAUGGAUGAUGCCGACAAGAAGAGAAAGAGAAAGGAUGGAGAGACCGCAGAAGAACGAGAAGAACGGAAGCGCCUAAAGAAGGAGAAAAAGGAGGCAAAGGAGAAAAAGAAGCAAGAGAAGAAAGAGAAGAAGGAAAAGCGAAAAUCCAAGCAGGCUGAGGAUGCCAGUGACAGCGAUUAA